AUGAGCCGUGCCGAGCUCUCACCAAAGAGGACGAGAAAGAAAAACUUCACUCCCAAUGAAACUAAUCGACUCAUCGAGUUGGUGGAGGACAACUACCGGAUUAUUUCAUCGAAAUUCAGUGACCAAGUCACCCUUAAAAGAAAAAAUGACGCGUGGUUGGAAAUAUCUAGGAAGUUAAACGCCAUCAGCCCGUCUCUACGAACUGUAGAGGAAGUAAAAAAGAAGUGGGACGAUAUUAAAGUGCGUGCCAAGAAAAAAGCCAACGAGGAUCGGACAAGGGAUGGCAAGACCGGUAAUGUCCCGAGGAGUCCCAAGAGCGAUUCUCUGACCGAUACAGAGCGACGUGUCAUCGGGAUGCUGGGCGCUGCUCAAGUUUUCGGUAUUAACAACCGUGACGAGUAUGACACCGCCGCUUUACCGAGCUAUAAGAAAGAAUCAAAGCGUUCGCGUCAAAGUGCAACGGCAACUCGUGCUUGUGUCGAGUCCGAUGAUGCUUUCGAUGAGCUGAUGGAGGCACCGACACAGACAUUCGGCAAUUACUCCGACUUCGAUGAACCAGCUGAUAGCCAGGACGAGGAUUUUCGCGUUGCAAAGCCACCUCCAAAAAAGACUCCCCGUGUAAGCCCAACUACAAGUAACAGUACAAGUGCAGGGAAGAAAUCCGUAACCGAAAUGAUGCUGGACGUUGAAACCCGCCGGCUAGAUGUUGACAAGCGCCGCUUGCAGGUCGAAGAGAAGACUCUGACCACUCUUGAGCAACUUGUUGACAUUGAAAAGAAAAAAUUGGAACUGAUGACUCGCCAACAAUCUAUCAGCAAUGCUCCUAAACCCUGCCCCAAUGUAAGCGCCAUCACUGAAGGUUUGUUUCAAAAGCUGGGUAAGAAGGGUGCGCACUAG